AUGUCCCUUGUUGCUACAUUAUUCCCUAUUUUGAUGAUUCUAUGGGAUAACUAUUGGUAUAUCACCAUUAUGCGAGGCUUCAUUGGACUCAGUAUAGGUCACGCCUCUGCACUUUGCUCUCAUUAUGCAAAUUCUCUUGUUAAUGAGGAGAUUAAGGGUCGUAUCGGCUCCCUUUUCCAACUCUCCAUCACAUUCUUCAUCUUCCUUGCGCAACUGAUGAACUUCUUGCUCGUUCCUUCGUUUGAUCCUAGCAACUGCGUCCCACUCUCGCCCCUCAGCUGGAGAUUGCAGCUAGGAAUAUCAUCAGUCAUAGGAGUAGCCACUGCAAUUACUCUUUGGUUUGCUCCGCCGAUGCCUGUAGAAGAAAAGAAAGAAGUGAAGGCUCAGAAGAGUACUGAAAGUCUGUUUAGUAUGAAGAACAUUCGCUGGUUAGUGUUUGCCAUUAUGCUGGCAGUAAUGAACCAGCUGACUGGAAUCAAUGGAGUGAUGUAUUAUUGCGCUCAGAUUCUGGCAAGUGCUGGAAUCGAAAAUGUACUAUUUACUCAGAUGAUUGUGGUGGGUCUUUGGAAUAUGCUGACUGUUUUUAUCUUUAUGGCAGUUGUUGACCGAUUGUCGCGAAGACUCAUCUUUAUCAUGGCAUUAUCGAUCAUGAUUAUCGGAACUGUAGCUCUAAUCGCAUCGUUUAUGGUAUCUGGAAUUCCUGUUGUUGCCCUCAUUGGAAUGCUCUUCUACAUUCUAGGGUUUGAGAGUGGUCCUGGACCCCUGUUUUAUGUGAUGGCCACUCAGGACUUCCCCAAAGAAUUGGUCGCUCAGGGACUUUCUGUUUCUAAUAUUGUGCUAUAUAUACUGAACAUUGCAAUCUCAAUGUCGUUCCCUGUUCUGACCUCUGCGAUCGGAGCCGGAUAUACCUUUGUAAUCCUAUGUGGCUUCCAGGUACUCAGUUUACUAUACUUCGGAUUCGUAAUGAACGAGAAGUGGUGA